AUGUUCCGGCGCUUCGAUGGACCCCCCGCGCAGCGGAAACGCUCUGGGGGUGGAGACGAUCUCGGAGGUGGAGUAGCCAAACGAUCAAAGACGGAUGGAGUUUGGGACUUGAGGUUCCUGAUUCCCUCACAGCGUGCCGGAGCUAUCAUAGGCAAGUCCGGGAAGCAGAUAGUGGAGCUUCGGAGCACCUUCAACUGUAAACUCGUCGUCCCGGAUUGUGAGGGCGUGCCGGAACGUCUGAUGCUAGUUCGAGUAAACAAAGAUCUCCUCCCGCAGCUGAUCUCUUCGGUGGUUCAGAAAAUCACUGCAAACGAAGAUGCUACCAAUGGCAAGAAUCGCGCUGAAAUGAAACUCUUGCUGCACCAGAAGGAGGCUGUAGCUUUAAUCGGGAAGGGAGGCGCGCGGAUCAAAGAUAUUCGUGAGAAAACGCAGGCGGCCAUCAAGAUCUUCGACAAAACAUGCCCCUUGUCAUCGGACAAAGUUGUGAGGAUCACUGGUUCAGCCGACGUUGUGACAGAAGCGAUUCGGACUGUUUGUGAGGCACUAGAAAAUGAAGACGUGCAGAUCAGCGAUCAUUACACGUACGAUCCAGCGAAUUACGAGCCAUACACAGCGUACGAGUGGGGCGGAAUGGAUCCGGCCGACGAGAACUUUGCACUGUCAUCCAAUCCAAAAGCCCGAGGCGGGCCUGCUGGGGGAGGCAUCGGUGGAGGUGGUGGAGGAGGACUUGGUGCCGGUGUUGGAGCUGGAGGCGGCUGCGGAAGAGGACCUCCUGGCGCUCGGGAAUGGCCCCCGUCGUGGCCGCCUCAUGAGAGACCUCCUCCUUGCUUCAAUGAUUUCGAUUACAACGACUACCCGGCGGCGCAUGAGGAAUAUGAGAGAGCUGCCAGGCCGCUCCCCCCGCCCAGAAUGCCCCCACCAAGGAACUCUGCGAGAAUGCCCUCUUAUAGACUUCCGCGAAGGACCUACUGAUCAUUACGUCGAUCGGUCGAUCGCAUGCUGCAGAUACUAUACAAACUCACUUUCUCCAGUGCAGCUCUCGUCCACAGCAGAGAGUCCUGGAUCAACUAAGUCAUCAUACUCUACGAUAAGCAUAAUUUCGAAGCGUGAGAUUCAUGAAAUACGAUCAUUUUAACGACACCACAUGAUACAAAUGAAUGAGUAACGCCAAUUGAACGUGCCUUCGGAAGUGUACCACGCUAUAUUUCUGAUGGCUUUCAG